GUUGUACAGACAACCUACUAAUACAGUUUAUAAAUAGAAAACGUUAAUUUGUGUUACAGUAGCGCGUGGCGGCGCUAUUGCACCUCCUCCACGUCCAAAAUUAUCUCUCGUUUUCCGCAUUGCUGCCGCAUCAAACGCUGUAAACAUGGCGUCGGCGCUCGGUCGCCUGGCCAGGCUGUCAGCCUUCAGAAACGCUCGCGCAUCGCCGCGGACUCCCUCAGACGGGCCGGGGAGGACCGUGACACCGUGUCGAACAGCCGUGUCCACAUCAUCCGGUGCCAUUCUGCCCAAACCCAAAAAGACCCCCUUCGGCCUUAUCCGGAUUGCUCUGGUAGUGGUGCCCUUCUUGUAUGUGGGGACUCAGAUCAGCAAGAACUUUGCUGCGCUGCUGGAGGAGCACGACAUCUUUGUCCCCGAGGACGAUGACGAUGAUGACUGAGAUGUCUGUAUGCUUCCUGGUUACCAGAUCACCUUGUUUUGUCACUACAACUGGGAGGAGUCUGUGAGCCUCUGAGCAGAUAAAUGCCUUCCUCUGCUUUGUUCUUCUGUCUGCACUGGAUUCAGGGUUUUUGCUGUUACCGACACUGAGACAGAGCUGUCCCAGGCUGAUCGUAUCGUACUGUAUUUGCAUGCACUACUUAAGUCUUAAUAAAGGGUAUGACAAGUGUAAAAUGCACCACAUGCUCAAUGGAUGUUUGUACAAGUUGAUGGCAUCUGUGCACACAUAAAAUAAACUGCACACUUUCAGUCA